ACACCAUGGCAAGUGGUGUACUAGUUUUAAAGACUAAAGAGUCCAUCUCACGAUGCCUCCUUCCAUUUACGAUUUUGCUCAUUCACUAUUUUCUCUCUACAAUUUCCAAGUCAGUAAACAGUGGGAUGGUGUCCUUCGCCCCGGCUCUUCCACCUUUGCCUCCUACUUCCAACACUAUCACCAGACACUCCAUUCCAACUGGCUCAAUUCAUUGUAAGGUUGAUACAAAUACAAGUCUUCGUAGAGAUUCCUUCUGCAGACGCGAUCUUUUUCAUUGCAUUGGUGCUACCAUCAGCUUGGAGCUUCUUGGAAGAUCAAGUUCAUUGAUUGAAGUGGCUAGUGCUGCUGAUUUGAUACAACGCAGACAGCGCUCUGAAUUUCAAUCAUCUGUCAAGGACAUUUUGUCAACUGCUUUAAAGGAAAAUCAGGAUCUCAUCCCAUCCUUGCUCACUCUGGCUCUUAAUGAUGCAAUGACUUACGACAAAGCUUCGAAGUCUGGGGGUCCCAAUGGGUCCAUUCGCUUCAGCUCAGAGAUGAGCAGACCAGAAAAUAAAGGACUUGUAUCAGCAAUGAAUAUGUUGGAGGAGGCAAAGAAGGAUAUAGAUGUAAUGUCCAAGGGAGGACCAAUCUCAUAUGCUGAUCUAAUUCAAUAUGGAGCACAAAGUGCGGUUAAAAAAACGUGCCUUGAUGCUGCAAUUCGCAAAUGUGGUGGGAAUGCUGAGAAAGGGACUCUUUUGUAUAGUGUGUACGGCUCAAAUGCACAGUGGGGCCAGUUUGAUAAGCAAUUUGGAAGGUCUGAUUCUGUACACGCUGACCCAGAGGGAAGGAUCCCUCAGUGGGAAACUGCCAGUGUUCAGGAAAUGAAAGAUAAGUUCAAAGCAAUAGGCUAUGGGCCCCGUCAGUUAGCAGUAAUGUCUGCAUUCCUCGGUCCUGAUCAGGCUGCAACUGAGGCAAGACUGGCCACAGAUCCAGACGUCCUCCCCUGGGUUAUCAAGUACCAAAGAAGCCGAGAAACAGUGUCCCAAACCGAUUAUGAGGUUGACUUGAUUGCUGUGCUUACGAGAUUAAGUACCUUGGGCCAACAAAUCAAUUAUGAGGCAUAUACAUAUCCUGUCCAAAAGAUUGAUGUAACCAAACUCAAAUUGUAGAAAGGAGAAAAGAUUUUGGCAUCAUAUGCAUGAUGUGAGGUUUCAGGUUAGCUAGUGAAAGAAACUGCCUGCUGUAUUCGAGCAAAGAUAACAUUUACAUCUGUACCCCCACAGUUUGUACAUUUGAGUAUUUGACCAUUGUAUGUGUGACAUAGAGGCCAUGCUAAUCUUCUCGAUACCAUUCCAAUAUUAUGGGAUGUCUCCUAAUGGACUGAAUGUGCCAAGUUAAUGUGUUAUUUGAAUAGAGAGAGCAUCAGGAUUCAGGACUGUAGUUAAUGUUGGUAGAUGAAGUGUGAAUU